AUGUCGACUACAGAAACAAAUACGAAUACUGACAAUACACAAGACCCAGUAGAAACAGACCUUAUACGCAUGUUUAGAGAGAUGCAGACAAAUUUAAUGUCGCAGUUUGCAGCUCAAGUUGUAGAAAAUGUUGCGUCACAAAUGCAAACUCACACAGAAAAUGUUGCAGCUCAGAUAGGUACUGUUAACACACGAGUAGAAAAUGUUGCAGCACAGAUGCAAGCUCACACAGAAAAUGUUGCAGCUCAGAUAGGUACUGUUAACACACGAGUAGAAAAUGUUGCAGCACAAAUGCAAGCUCACACAGACAAUGUCACAGCGCAGAUAAACGCUGUCACUACCCAGAUAGCCAGUGUAACGACACAAAUGGACAAAAUAGACAAUGACGUGAAGAACCUGACCGACAUGCAAAAUAAUCUGACGACUCAACUGACCCAGUUAAAAAGAGAGGUAGCAGAUCAAGUGAUAGAGGUAGUACACGAAGAUUUAAAUUACAUGAGCCAAGACAUUGAUAACUUAAAGUCCACAGUUAAGGAUAUGCCAGAACAGAUCCGUACCUUAACCAAAAAUUUUGAAGCUAUGAGUUUUCAACAGAUCGAGCUUAGUGUCAAAAUGCAGGAGGCUGUAGACCAAGUUGAUGACAUGACGAAACAACAAAAACAGCAGUUUGGCGAAUUUUUAGAGGAAAAAGACAAACAUAUCAACCAUACAUUAGAAACAGAACUGAAAAAAGCAAUAACUAACACUGUAGAACAGGUGUACACUACCCAAAACACGUCUGUAACUAAACUUCCAACUGACCUAGCUCAGUUACAAAAGACUCUGAUACAGGACUUACCUGACUGGAAAAAACAUGUAGACGAGCAACUAAAGAGUAAACACCAUACACAGAACGAAAGAGAACAACAGUCAGAAGAGGAAUUUGAUGACAGACGCACAGAAAAUGUUGCAGCUCAGAUAGGUACUGUUAACACACGAGUAGAAAAUGUUGCAGCACAGAUGCAAGCUCACACAGAAAAUGUUGCAGCUCAGAUAGAUACUGUUAACACACAAGUAGAAAAUGUUGCAGCACAAAUGCAAGCUCACACAGACAAUGUCACAGCGCAGAUAAACGCUGUCACUACCCAGAUAGCCAGUGUAACGACACAAAUGGACAAAAUAGACAAUGACGUGAAGAACCUGACCGACAUGCAAAAUAAUCUGACGACUCAACUGACCCAGUUAAAAAGAGAGGUAGCAGAUCAAGUGAUAGAGGUAGUACACGAAGAUUUAAAUUACAUGAGCCAAGACAUUGAUAACUUAAAGUCCACAGUUAAGGAUAUGCCAGAACAGAUCCGUACCUUAACCGAAAAUUUUGAAGCUAUGAGUUUUCAACAGACCGAGCUUAGUGUCAAAAUGCAGGAGGCUGUAGACCAAGUUGAUGACAUAACGAAACAACAAAAACAGCAGUUUGGCGAAUUUUUAGAGGAAAAAGACAAACAUAUUAACCAUACAUUAGAAACAGAACUGAAAAAAGCAAUAACUAACACUGUAGAACAGGUGUACACUACCCAAAACACGUCUGUAACUAAACUUCCAACUGACCUAGCUCAGUUACAGAAGACUCUGAUACAGGACUUACCUGACUGGAAAAAACAUGUAGACGAGCAACUAAAGAGUAAACACCCUACACAGAACGAAAGAGAACAACAUUCAGAAGAGGAAUUUGAUGACAGACGCACAGACGUAUGGAACGUCAUGGAGAAGCUCGGAAAUGGCAGCAGCAUCCGUGCGUUUCUCACUGAAAAUUUCGACAAAGUGACGGCGGGUCUCGGCAAGAAUUGCCGCCUGGCUGUAAAGACGCGCACCGUCAGCUGA